AGGGAAGUAAAUCCCCCCGGUCAGACCUGAUAGGAACGAACACAACUAAUGAGAUCUGUUCAUAACCUCCACUGAAUAUCUUCAUUAAAUCUGUUCUUAUUGAAAUCAACAGCAGGAUGAAGAGGACCUUCAUAAUCAUUAUUUUAUUUCUCUUGUGUGCAGGUGUGUUUGGUGAUGAAGUGAAGUCAGUGAAAGUGAUGUCUGGUGAUUCAGUUACUCUAAAAACUGAUCUUACUGACAUACAGGAGGAUGAUGUGAUCUGGUGGAGGUUUGGAGAAGGUGAAUCUAAAAGUCUUUUAGCUGAAAUUGUUAAACAUAAGAUCUGGUAUGCAAGUGGAAGAUUCAGAGACAAAUUGCAGAUAUCGGAUAGUAAGAGCGGAGAUCUCACCAUCAUGAACAUGAAGAUCAAAUACUCUGGACUCUAUGAAGCAGAAAUCAACAUUGCCAAUGGAGCAUCAACAUCAUACAAGAGAUUUAAUGUUAUUAUCAGUGCGUCUCCUCCUGUUAUUCAUUCUGGACCGGGUGACGCAGUGUCUUUUACAGUGAUGGAGGGUGAAUCUGUUACUUUACCCUGUAACGCUCAAACACAAAGAGAUGCUUUCAUCCUGUGGAGGUUUGGAGAUGAAAGGGCUCUCAUCGCUGAAGUUGAUAUAGAGGACAGAAAAACAUCAGUAUAUGAUGGCGCUGAUGGAAGUUUCAAAGACAGAUUGAAGCUGAAUGAUCAAACUGGAGAUCUCACCAUCACUGACAGCAAAUCUAAACACAGUGGACUUUAUCAGCUGAAGGUCAGCAGCAACAAACAGACCUUAUACAAGACAUUCAGUGUUACUGUCAGGGAAGCGGGUUUAUCUUCAGGUGGUAAAGCAGGAUUAAGUUUUUUCUUCCUCCUGGUUAUUGCUGCUGUUAUUGCUGCUGGCUGGUUUUUGUAUCGUCGCAGGGUCUCUGAACUCCAAUAUGAAAUGAAGACUGUGUCAGUGAUUGAGGGAAAGUCUGUCACAUUGAAUACUGAGAUGACUGAAUAUGAUCCCAAAGAUCAUGAAAUACUCUGGAGGUUUGGAGACAAAGGCCACAUGAUCGCUCAGAUUCAUGGAAAGACCAAUGAUGUCUCAUAUGUUGAUGAUGAGAGAUUCAAAAACAAACUUAAUCUGGAUAAGACGACUGGAGAUCUCACCAUCACUGAUUUCACAAUCAGGACCUCUGGAGAUUAUCACAUGGAGAUCACCAGAAGUACGAGAAUUAACAGAUUCACCACAUCUAAGACAUUCAGAGUUGUUGUUCAUGAAACACUAAAUAUCACAGAAGGAAAGUCUGUUGAACUACAGACGGGCAUUUCUGAACUACAGGAUGAUGAUCAGAUACAGUGGAGAUCUGAAGCUAAAGAUGCCAUCAUAGCUGUAAGAAAUGAAAAGAGCGAUGAUGAGAUCUCAAUAAACUGUGAUGAUGAUGAGAUGUUCAAAAACAGACUGACGCUGGACCAUAAGACCGGAUCUCUUACCAUCAAUUACAUUAAAAACUCAGACUCUGGAGUUUAUGAACUACAGAUUAAGAACAAAACUACAACUUCAUAUAAAAAAAUCAAUGUUCUCGUCGGGUACAAAACAUUACAACAUACAGUGGGUGAUUCUGUCACUUUACAAACUGAACUCUCUGAGCUGAAGGAAGUCAAUCAGAUACUGUGGACGUUUGGAGUUAAAAACAUCCGUAUAGCUGAAAUCAACAGAGUCAGCGGUCAUCUGUAUGUAUAUGAUGGUAAUGAUGAGAGAUUCAGAAACAGACUGACACUAAAUGAACAGAAUGGAGAUCUGACCAUCAGAAACAUCAUGAGAGGACAUUCAGAUGUUUAUAAACUGCAGAUCAACAGCAGAUCAGAGAGUAAAUGCAAGAGUUUCAUGCUUACUGUAAACGAGAAAUUGACGGAAAUGCCAGUGAUGGAGGGAGAAUCUGUCAGAUUACCCACUGAUCUUACUCACACACAGAAUGAUGAUCAGAUACUGUGGAUGUUUGGACCUGAAGAAAGUCUCAUAGCUAAAUUUUAUAAGAAAAGUAGUUGGAAGAUAUUUUCUAAGGAAGAGAAGAUGCUUUAUGAUGGGGUCGACGGGAGAUUUAAAAACAAACUAGAUCUGGAUCAGACUGGAUCUCUCACCAUCAGAGACAUUAACACUGAACACACAGGACUUUAUAAACUACAGAUCAUCAGGAACGGAGAAAACACAUACAAGAAAUACAAAGUUUGUGUCGAUGAGAAAUGGACAGAAAUGUCAGUGAUGGAGGGAGAAUCUGUCAGACUACCCACUGAUCUUACUGACAAACAGAAUGAUGAUCAGAUACUGUGGAUGUUUGGACCUGAAGACAGUAUCAUAACUAAAUUUCAUAAGAAAAAGAAAUCGAAUGGUACUGAUGACAAGUUGAGACUUAAUGAUGGUGUUGACUUAAGAUUCAAAAACAAACUAGAUCUGGAUCAGACUGGAUCUCUCACCAUCAGAGACAUUAACACUGAACUCACAGGACUUUAUAAACUACAGAUCAUCAGCAACAAAGGGACAAACUACAAGAAAUACAAAGUUUCUCUCCAUGGUCAAGAAAGAGAGAGUAUGAGAGAUCAUGAGAUGGUGUCAGAGGGGAUUCCUUUACUUCCCAUACAAACUUCACAACAGCAGCAGCCUUCUGAUGUCAUAAACAAAACAGCAGCAGCAGCCACGCCCACCAGAUCAGAGAAGACCAAUCGGAUGAUAGCUUCAAUAAAACCACUAAAGCUGAAGAAAAGAAACAAUGAAUCAUCACAAACUUAACAAUUAAUAUUGUUUGUGUUAAAUUUGUUGUGUGUGGUUUCUGCACCACUAAAUACUUUUAUUAAUCAUUAUAAUCUCCACUAAACACGACUGACAGACAUCAUUGAUAUUGAGAUGUUGAGUUUGGUUUGUGAUGGUAUUGUUGAGUACACAUCUGUAUGUGUUUGUAUCCUGAUAUUCAACCUCCAGAGGUAGAGAGAGUCUGAUGUUGAGAUCAGACACACUGAUGCUGGACAAUAAACUGUUUCCUUUGUACCAGGACAGACUCACAUCUCUCACAUUCAACACUGAACACAACAACACAUAUUUUGAGCUUUCUUCAUCUCUUCUGUGAUUUUUUUUCCUGAUUUUCUUGAUGAUGAACUUUGUGAAGAAUCUUUGCUGAUAAC